AUGAGAUAAAGAUAAACAUAUUAACCGAAUUAUCUUCAGAUCUCCCAACAAGAAAAAACUAAAAGAAAUGCACACUCUUAUGGAAAGGAAUUAAAAACACCUGAUUCUAUUAAACCUUUAAGUGCUUUAAUGAAUUUGAGACUAUUCCUAUAUAAAACCAAACAAAAAUUAGAAUAUAAAUAGGCGAGCCAAUUUACAAGGCACGAUCCUUUAGUAAAAGAAUAGCCUUCUUUUUUAUAUAAUAAAUUACAAAUAGAAUAGGAUAAUCAAAUAAAAUUUUAAGCUUUUUUAGAUGGUGAUUUGUAAGCUGAUGAAUAUUUGACUCUAUAAAAUUAUAAGAGAUUAUAUAAAAUAACUAAGAAUGAUAAUGGAUCAUUUGAUAACUCUAAUGAUGAUGUACCUUAUUUAACUUAAAGGGAAAGUGCUUUAAAAAAGUUAAAAGAGAGAAUCAUUCAUAGGCAUAAUAUGAAUAAAAGAAAAAGAGGUUCGGAAAUAAGUAGCUAAAUGGAUACUUCCAAAUGUGAUACUCCUAGUUUAUAAUUAGCCAAAUAACUAAAAAAAGUUAUAAUAAGAAAACACAUGAAUAAAAUAAAUGAAGAAUUAACAGCGUAUUAUUUAUUUAUUAUUUAGAGAAAAUACUCUAAGAAAUCUAAAAAUGGUUUAGAAUGCAGACUUUGCUGUUAAAUAACUUCAAGAAACAUUUGAACAAGAUAAAUCUAUUUAGAGUAGCAUUUAAAAAAAAAUAAAUUCAACUAAGCAUUUGAAAAUAAUUACAAGAAGAAAUAAAACAGAAAUAGGAUAGGAUAAUUAAGAUAGCAGAAUUUAGUUGAGCAAUGAAAUAGCUCAUAUGGCAAACAAAACAAUUUUUGAAUAACAAGAUAUAAAUAAAUAGAAAUAAUUAAAACCAAAGACUCUCAAAUUUUCAAACGCAAAAAUGAACUAAAUAUUUUUACAGAAAUCCUAAUAAUCAUUUCAAGAUUAAAGAAAAUGUGUAACUGAUAGAUCUCAAUAAUCCUAUAUUUAGAAAAAUAACUCUAAGUAGAAAUUGCAUUAUUAAGGGGAAGAAAAAUUAGAAGAAAGAGAUGAUUCCGCUGAAUCGAGCCUUUGUUCUUUAUUUGAAAAAAAGAUCAAUCAUUUAUAUAAUUAAAGUAUUCUAUUAAAAAAAAAUAUUUCAACUAAAGACAGCUUGAUCAAAAGAAUAAAACAUAUGCAAAGCUUUAAUUUAAUUGUAGGAGAAGCAGUUCAAACAAACAAUCAAAAAUUAUAUUAAAUUUGAAUUUAUAGUAUAUAUUUAUUCUAUUUGUGUAGUUGAAUUCACUUUUUUUUCAAUUAACCCAAAAAUGUUAAGAUUGAUUAGCAUUCUUUCACUAAAGAUCAUUUUCUUUGCUGAAAAAUUGUUGAGACAAGAAAUUUAAAAAGCCAUAUCCAGGAGAGUUAAUGUAUUAUUUUUACCAAGAUGGUAUUUAUAAUAAAAUAAUAAAUGGU